AAGGACAGAAGGAUCAGGCACUAUAUGGCCCAUGGAAGGGACUUUUGAUCCAAUAAUGUAUAGGGACAUGGAGGUAGUAAUAAGGAAUUACAUAGAUAACAGAAGUGGAAAAACGGCCUCAGCAAAGAGGGACAGGGAAAAGUUAGUACUAGCUUUGUUCUUAGAGGAAGGAGAGAGGUGGCGAACAUUACAGAGAGUGGCGGGAGAUAUAAUUGCUAAUAACAACAAGGCUCAACCAUUGCCUCUGACGGUUGAGUCACCGCUGCACAAACUAGUACCGUUGUACCCAUUGCUAAAAGACAACGUAGAAUCUAAAGGGGAAGUCACACUAGAUGAAGGAGAUAAUAAAUGUAACAAUACUGACAUUAAUUCUAGUGAGAGUAAAGAUGAGGACGAAGAUGGGGCAAGUGGUGUUGAGCACAGUAAUGAAGAUGUGAAAGAUGGCAAUGAGCAGGUUUGCGAGGGGCCUUCUCCAGGAAAGAAAAGGAGAGGAAAGAGAUCAGUAAAGAGAACGAAGGCUCAGAGGAGUGAUAGAGAUGGGGAAGAGAGUUUCUGUGCGUUUCGAGGGCCAGAGGAGCCUUGCUGUAGUGCAGCAUUAUGGGACUCCCUGGCACUCGAAACACAGGGGAGACCAAGGAGAUCACAGGGAGAAGAAAAAGCACCCGAAACUUCUCCAGGGAACUAUCCUAUUCUAGUCGAAGGACAACAGGUCCAUUUUCAACCGUGGGGUUCACAGGACUUAGAGGGGGUCAUUUCUAGACUCCCUAACAUAAUUAACGGGGCGUCUAAAUGGAUUAGAACAUUUGAGGAGCUCACAGUGGGAAAGCUAAUUGCAGUGGGGGACCUGAAAGCUCUGUUGGCAAGAGUGUUGGGGUUAUCCAAGAUGGAGUUUGUACUGAGGAAUGGAGGGUUGAAUAUACUGGAUGGAAAGUAUGAUGAGACUACACUUGAUCAUUGCAGAGGGGCGUUGUGGGCCACACUCAGGAGGGAGUUCCCGGUCCGUAUGGAUCCUAAAAACAUGAGAGGUCUCCCUAUUGGUGACACAGAGAACCCUGCAUCCUACCUGCAGGCCCAAGUAGACAGAUGGCGCAUGGAGACGGAUGAGGAUCCUGAGAUCCAUCCGGUGUUCUCUGUCAUGUUUAGAAACUCUGUGAUAGAGACACUACCCAGCCAAAUCAAAGCCAAGCUAGAGGAUGUGGUUGGACUGUCUACAUCAGGAUCUCAUAGAGAUUUUAAUGACCAUUUAGUUCAUGCAGUGGAUGAAUAUCGUCAGAAUAAACAAAGAAUACAGGAACAAAGCAAGGAGGUUCAGAGGAAGCUAUAUCAGCUUCAGCUGGAAGAUCUCACAAGGAAGGAAAGAGAUAAGAAGAGACAGGCAGGUGUUUUAGAACCAGCUGCUGUAAUAUCGCAAGCCGCCCAGCAGGGCGCACUUCAAAACCAAUAUCCAAGAUUGGCAUUUUCUCUCCCAGUACAACAGCCUCAGAGCCAACUGUCACCUACUCCACCUGUUACACAUGUACACAUCCAUAAUUAUGGGAACCUCACAAAUAAAAAUAGAAUCAGGGGCCCCAAGGACAGUUUAGAAACAAUCAACAACCAGGAUCCCAAGGACAACGCAGAGGUCCUUUAAUAUGUUAUGGGUGCAACCAGGAAGGACAUUCUAAGAAAGAUUGUUUAACUAACCCUUUUCCACCACAGCAAGGACAGGGUAACAGCGACCAGGGACGGGCGGGUCCCUUUGUAGGUCAGGGAUACUAGGGGUGCCCAGAGAAUCCACAGGGGGAGGGUCAGCUUGUAGCAAUCACAAAACAAGCUGAUGAGGAACCAAUACUGCAGGUUCUGAUAAAGUAUAGAGGCACGCCAUUGAUGGCCCACACUGGAGCCACUUACACUUGCGUAGGUCCAAAUUAUGCCUCACACCUCCCCCUGGCAGGAAAAUUCACCAAAACGUUGGGAUUCUCGGAGCACACGCAGUUAAUACCUAUGACAGCUCCAAGGAUGACAGUCUGUGAAUUCUUAUUUUAAGUUGUAUAUGUGAGCGAAUGAGUGAGUGAAUGAGCGAAUAAGUGAGUGAGUGAGUGAGUGAGUGAGAAAGAGUUGGCAUUGAGUUGAGUUAGAGGGGACAGAUGAAGUGAUUUGUGAAGAGUGAGACAGAGAAGAGGAAGAGUGUGUGGAUUGGCAACGAGAAGUGGCGAUGAGAUUGGAGAAGGCUUUCCGGUUAGAAUUUUCUUUGGGAGAAUGAUAUCUUUCGAUGGCCUUUUAAGAUUAAUAAUCUAGUUUUGGGGUGUGUCCAAAAACGAAUAAACCAGAAAGGAAAAGAAAGGAUUACUGAAAGUGAAAAUGGUUAUGGAGAUUUGUGAAAGCAAAGGAAGUAGAUAAAAAGAGGUAAAGAAAGUUAGAGAGAAGGAACGUAAGUAAGGAAAACCCGCCGGUGGGGGCUGGACAGAGAAACAACAGAGAGAAAGAGACUGAAUUUGCAUUGUACUGAAUAGAUUAUUUGUGUGCUUGGAUGUACUCUGUAUUUGGUCCCUGAAUGUAACCUAUGUCCACUGUUUUAGAGAAAACAUAGAACCACCACUGGGAUUGGUGAUUCUGUGGCUCUUGGAGACUCUGCAUCGCGUCGGAACACCAUGUGGUAUAGAUCAUUACAUCUUGGUACACGGAGCACUGGUGAGACAAAAGGUUGGAUCAGAGGGAGAAGGUGUCUGAAGAAGGGAGGGGAAUGUAAAGAAAGCAAAAAGGGCGGACGCGGACCGACACAGAGAUGGGUAGAAGCAGUCCCAUCAGAAGACCAAAGUGCGGCUACGGUAAUCAAGGUUCUGACUAGAGAAGUCAUGGCAAGGUUUGGAAUUCCGUCACAAAUUAGCUCAGGCGACAGAGCAGCGUUUAGUCAGAAAACACUCAAACAAGUGAUUUAACAUCUGCAUGUCAAACAAAGAUUAGGCUGUGUCUACAUUCCUCAAACCACAAGGUAUGGUGGAGAGAGGAAUCGGACGCUUAAGACAAAGAUUAACAAAAUUAAAUUAGAGUAC